CUCGCACCGAUGCGCGGCUCCUGGGACGAGUCCACGACGGCGGCGCUCCACGCGCGCAUCCUGGAGGCGCAUCGCGGGCCCGCGGCGCCCGAGCGUGCCGCCGCCGAGCCCGCUUGCACUGAGCCGCCGCUCUCUAUCUCUUCGCUCGAGCUGGCAGCUCCAACUCCUCUGCUGCCGCUGCCUACGCUCUCCUUCAGUGCCGCUCAAGUGGCGACCGUUUGUGAGACUCUGGAAGAGAGUGGAGAUGUGGAACGACUUGCGCGUUUCCUGUGGUCGUUACCCGUCGCUCAUCCUAAUGUCGCCGAGUUGGAACGCUGCGAAGCCGUCCUCCGAGCACGCGCGGUUGUCGCAUUUCACGCGGGACGUCACAGAGAACUCUACUCGAUCCUGGAGCGGCAUAGAUUUCAGCGUUCAAGCCACGCAAAGCUGCAAGCUCUCUGGCUGGAAGCGCAUUACCAAGAAGCGGAACGAUUGCGCGGUCGCCCUCUCGGUCCAGUCGACAAGUACAGAGUCAGGAAGAAGUUUCCGUUGCCCAGAACGAUUUGGGAUGGCGAGCAAAAAACGCACUGCUUUAAAGAGAGGACGAGGUCUCUGUUGAGAGAGUGGUACCUACAAGAUCCCUAUCCGAAUCCAACGAAGAAAAGGGAAUUAGCCGCGGCGACGGGGUUAACGCCGACACAAGUCGGCAACUGGUUCAAGAACCGGCGGCAAAGAGAUCGCGCGGCCGCCGCAAAGAAUAGAUCAGCAGUUUUGGGCAGAGGUUUUGCGUCUUCCUCGACUUACGACGAAGAUUCAGCCGACUCGGAGAUCAACGUGGACGAAGAGUGACCAGCGGUCAGACUGAUAGUGUAAAUACAGUGAUAAUGUUGCCGCUUCUCUCGUGAAGUGACGAUGCAAUAGAUGAUUCUUGUGAUGUGAGUUGUAUAGUUACUAUAGGUUUUAAUUGUUGAAGUGUUGUGCUUGAGGCCCCCGCGUCAGGUACGUACUGUAUUAUAAUGAUAAAACGUGAUUAUAGAAUCGGAAUUGCUGACUUUGUCACAACGACUACAAAUUUACAUUCUUGCCUAUUUAUCUUUAGGCCCUUCUUUUUCAGACGCAUUUAUUUGUGUUUUACCGAGUUUUCCUAAUAAAUGAAGAAUUUAUUUAUCAUAUCAAAUUUUAGUUGUAAACUUAGCUGUAGAUAUAUUUUAUCAUUCGCAAUGACGUUAGGGUGAGCAAUUUAUAUUGUAGAAAAGUGAAUUUUUAAGUAAUUAUUUAUUUGUAGAGAAUUUCUUAGAAAUUUUUCGUACAUAGAAAUGCUGUG